CAGACAUUGAAGUUCUCAUUUUUGUUUGCACGACCUAUUUCACAUGGCCUACAAAUUAUGAGCUCACUUCGAAUGUGGGUGUACAAUAGGGUAUUCAAACAUGCUGGGUUUCAUCGUGACAGUGUUUGUGGCUUACUCCUUCACUUCAUAUAUUCUGCUAAGGAGACCGAUCAUAUUUCUCAGAAGAAAGCGGCUUCCUUUCGAAGCUUCUCAUAUUAGUCACCGGGGUGGUUCAGGAGAACAGAUUGAAAAUACUUUAGAGGCUUUCAGUAGCUCUUUGCUUGUCGGCACAAAUAUGUUCGAGACUGAUUGUCAUAUCACGAAAGAUAAUCAGGUUGUCGUAUUUCAUGAUAAUACGCUAGAUCGUUCUACUGGAGUGUCGGGUUUAGUGAAAGAAUUUUCAUACGAAGAUUUACCUAGAUACCUUAGAGUAAUUGAAGUUCAAUUCACCCCAGGUUCCUUUUGUAUUGCGGAGUCUCCCUCCUCAUAUAAAAUUCCACGAUUAGAGGACUUGUUUAAUAAGUUUCCAAAUACCCCCAUCAAUAUUGAUAUUAAAGUUAAUGACAAUCUUCUCAUCAAUGAGGUUGCCCGCCUUACUGAAACUUACAAUCGAGAGCAUAUAACUGUAUGGGGGUCAAUGAAUUCCAAAGUAUCAAAAAAAUGUGAAUUACGCAAUAAAAACAUUCUCACUUUUGCUCCAAUCUCGUAUGUAAUAUGGAUAAUGGCGUGUUAUGUUGUGGGACUACUCCCCUUCAUACCUAUAAAAUAUGAUUGUUUUGAAAUUCCUUUAGUUUCUGUUAUUCGAUCUAACGAGUUUGCCAGACGACGUCAUUGGGAUCGCUUUUUACCUCAUACAGUUCUUCUGCUCUCAGAUUUCAUAUUAUCGUCACCUUUGUUCAUCGAACAUCUACGAAAACGUGGACUUCCGGUAUUCUUCUGGGUGUGUAACAAUGAAGAGGAUAUGGAGAAAGCUUUUGAACUUGGAGCUUCAGGAGUAAUGACAGACUAUCCCAGAAAACUAACCGAAUUCCUGAAGAAGCAUCCUGAGUAUCCAAAAGUUUUUUAAUUCAUUUAACAUCCUCGCUUUAAUAAAACAUUGGACUUUAUUUCUGUUCAUAUCCUAUGUCUUAUGAAUUUCUGAUUUGAAUUAAACGUGUUUAUUUUGUAAAUCACGUUGAAUUUAUAUGAACAUUAGUCAUUUUCAUUAUUUUACGAUCGGAACACUUCACUUCGUAAAUAAUAACCACGAGUUUCACAGGCCUAAGAAUACUUUAUGUUGUCGAUGCAUAAA